GGCAAUUAUUUAUUGAAGACAGGAAGGAAAAGGAAAAAGCUGAAAAGAAGUGCAGAUCCUUGAAAGAUGGAAGAGAGAAAGAGAUAGAUAAACUCCAAAAAUCAUCUGAGAUAAAUCUUGCAAGGAUGAAGAAGCAAACUACAUCACCAUCAUUAUCAUCAUCAUCAACACAAACAACAAAGCCUUCAAGAUCAGUUCUUCCAUAUAAAACGUCAAGACUGAGGGACCACUAUCUGAUAGGCAAGAAACUGGGCCAAGGGCAAUUUGGCACUACAUAUCUUUGUACCAACAAGGCCACAAACAAGAAACUUGCCUGCAAAUCAAUCCCAAAGAGAAAACUUCUCUGCAAAGAAGACUAUGAGGAUGUUUGGAGGGAGAUCCAGAUCAUGCAUCAUCUCUCUGAGCAUCAAAAUGUGGUGCAAAUCAAAGGAACCUAUGAGGAUUCCAUGUUUGUGCACUUGGUCAUGGAGUUGUGCGCAGGUGGGGAGCUCUUUGAUAGGAUUGUGGCAAAGGGUCAUUAUAGUGAGAAGGAGGCUGCCAAGUUGAUCAAAAUUAUCGUUGGGGUGGUGGAGAAUUGCCAUUCUUUGGGGGUUAUGCAUAGGGAUCUUAAGCCUGAGAAUUUCUUGUUUGAUACCCCUAGUGAUGAUGCCAAGCUUAAGGCUACAGAUUUUGGACUCUCUGUCUUCUAUAAGCCAGGUCAACAUUUCUGUGAUGUAGUUGGGAGUCCAUAUUAUGUUGCACCGGAGGUUUUGCUUAAGCAUUAUGGACCUGAAGUAGAUGUUUGGAGUGCAGGUGUUAUUCUUUACAUCUUGUUAAGUGGGGUUCCACCUUUCUGGGCAGAAAAUGAACCAGGAAUUUUCAAACAAAUUUUAAAAGGCAAACUAGAUUUUGAGUCUGAUCCAUGGCCUAAGAUCUCAGAUAAUGCAAAAGAUCUUAUACGAAAGAUGCUUGAGAGGGACCCAAGAAGGAGAAUUUCUGCACAUGAAGUCUUAUGUAAUCCCUGGAUUGUGGAUGACAGAGUUGCCCCUGACAAACCUCUGGAUUCUGCAGUAUUGUCUCGCCUGAAGAAAUUCUCAGCAAUGAAUAAGCUUAAAAAAAUGGCUUUGCGUGUCAUAGCAGAAAGACUUUCUGAAGAAGAAAUUGGUGGCUUGAAAGAGUUGUUUAAAAUGCUUGAUACAGAUAAUAGUGGCACGAUAACAUAUGAGGAACUUAAAGUGGGUUUGAAGAGAGUGAGUUCUGAACUGAUGGAAUCUGAGAUCAAGGCUCUAAUGGAAGCGGCUGAUAUUGACAACAGUGGAACAAUAGACUAUGGAGAAUUUCUUGCUGCUACUUUGCACUUAAAUAAGAUGGAGAGGGAGGAGAAUUUAGUUGCAGCCUUCGCCUAUUUUGACAAAGAUGGUAGUGGCUACAUCACAAUUGAUGAGCUUCAGCAGGCUUGCAAAGACUUUGGUUUAGGUGAUGUUCAACUGGAUGAAAUGAUCAAAGAAAUUGAUCAGGACAAUGAUGCACGAAUAGAUUAUGCAGAGUUCACAGCGAUGAUGAGAAAGGGAGAUGACGAAAUUGGAAGGAUGAAAACCAUCAGAAGCAGUCUAAGCUUAAAUCUAGCUGAUGCUUUGGGAGUGAAUGAAUCGGUCAUGGAACCAGAUGCAUCUACCAACUGAAGGCAUUCUUUUAUAUGUUUAAACAACAUGCAGCAAUGAGGAAAAGAAAGCUACAGCUAAGUUUUUUUAAAGCUAUCUUUUGCUCAGUUGGUAGGAUUCUGUUAUUCUUAGUUUUGAUGAUGAUAUUUUAUAAAAGCUCAUUCAUGUUCUGUAGACCGAAAAAUAAGAUAUACCAACCCCAUAUGUUCGACAGUAACAAUUCAUCUAUUCCAUGAUGUUGAACUGCAGGAUCACAUAACUACGACAGAAGCAGCAAUUCAUCGAAGUUGAGUGAGUGUAGAUGCUAACAAUUGUCGAUUUUGUAGCCAUGGGGCCAUGGUAUUGUUGUAGUUUUUUUGCUGAUAUGUACUGCCCAUUUUUGUUCAUAAUAAAUAGUUACAAAUUUUCUAUAAUAGUGUUCUUUUUUUCUUUCUUAA